CGGAAAAUGACACGGAGCAGGACUUCACCCUCUGGGAAUAAAAUUUCCUAGUCUAUACACUCACUCUGCUCUUGUGGUUGUGGUUCCCAGAAGGACUACAAUUUCUUGAAAACCGACCACGAAGAAGAUGGUAACUUCAACACGGUCGACCAGGGGUCGACAGCUGCACGCGACCUUCACUCCAGUUUGGGAUAAGCUGGUGGAGGAGAAAGCAACCGGGACUGCUGCUAGUACAGCAACUACUGCCUCCACUAGCUCAUCCACUAGCUCAACGACAUCUGCGUCGACAACAGUCCUCGUUGUUGGACGGAAAAAGUUAUGCUUGAUAAAGAUUAUGUUCCUCAAUUGGACGAGGAAGAACGUGACUAACUAACAUGAAGUUAUUAAAAAGUUGGGAAAGUCGUGUCGACGUGGUCGAUAAGUUGGAACAAGAUGUACGAGAGAACAUCCUUUUUUUGCAAGUUUGAUCAGAUAAGGUGGAUGAAUACUAGUAGUUCUACCUCUACGUACAUGAUGAUCUACUACGCUGCUUGAUAUGAUAAUAAGAAGGCAAGAACUUCUUCUACAACUAGAACUGCUUCUUCAACUUCUACUAGAAGACCUUGAACAACUUCAAGAACUUCUACUAGAAGAUCUUGACUACUACAACUGAACAGCUUUCAUUUUCCAUCCCUAAAGUACAUCCCUAAAGAAAGCUGGCAAGACGACUCUGAUUGAGCGUUUCAUCAACCCCACGAAAGAGGACUUUCCGAAACCGACCGCAGCAUUGGAUUAUAAAUUCGUGCGACAGGAUUCCGGAACAGGGAAAACCAUUGCGCAUCUCUAUGACUGCAGUCAGGAACCAUUGGCUGACAUGGUAUCUCUAGGCUUUUUAGGCUCCAGAUCUACUACUGAAGAAACUGAAAGCGUGCUGUCUAGAACAGAACUCACAAGAAUAAAAUCAAAAACUUGCAGAAUCAUAAUUGUCAGGAGCUCGUCUUUUUUCUACUAGUAGUAGAUUGACGACCAGCACUUCUACCUCUUGUUCUACCUCGCGCUUACUUAUGAAGAUUUCUUGUAUUUCCUGCUGGUGCACCAUCUUCUUCUUCUUCAGGUCAUCCGCACUGCACCAUCUUUAGGUCAUCCGCACUGCCACGAGUCCUGCUGCAGCUUCGCAACAAACGAACUUUGUGUGUUGCGUAGUGCUUGACGGAGGAGAACCUGGGAGCAUAAUGAAAUCCCUUUUGCAAUGGACUGCAGCUCUUCGGAGUAAAAUCACCACGGCGAAUAGACCAGACCUAGUCUCUCCUGAAACGCAGAAACUUUACCUAUGUUCUUGUUCGUAGGACCUAGAGGACAUAGAAACUUUGUAGUUUGUGAUCUAUAGUAUGCAAGAAGUCAAAGCCUCUUUUCUUGGUUUAUUUGAAAUAGAUGGAUGAAAGUUAACAACUUAUGUUUAAAGCGUUUAAUACUAAUACUCAGGUUUGAAGUUGAAGCUUAAUUUAGAGAACCGUUUUUUUGAACGACUUGUAACCAGGCUCACAUCUAACUCAUGGCAUUUCAAUUCCAGAGCCCGAAAGCAGUACAGCGACCGUCCUCAAGGCGCUGGAGGGACACAGCCUGCGACCGUUUCCAGUGCCAUUUUAAGAAAUCAGCUGUGAUAUCAACCCUUUAAGAUGUUUUCUGCAAUAGCUCCUCACUAGUAGACAUUAUAUAUAAUGAUUCGUCGUGUCUACUUUUUAAGGUGUUUUCUUGUUCCUCCUCCACAGUCAUCUCUGUUUACACCGAACAACCUAUGUCCCUUCCUCUUCUAACCUCUACUGAUCUGCAUAUCGAAGUACGACUUGAUGGUGUCUAAAAUGGACGCGGAAAGACGGAAGCUACUACUAAGAGGCUUGCGGUUUUUCUCUCACCUCAUGUGCGCCCACUUGGUCACGUGUGCGGCACAAGAAAAACAAGCGAUGAACAGCUUUAGAAGUACUUUACUUAUUUAAGUUGAUUGAUUUACUCGUGCUAGUUCAUAACUGAACCAGUGAGUAUUAACUACUUCUUCAUGAUAUUGAUGAUCAUUCUUCUUGUUUUGAACCACUCGAUGCAGCUUUGAAUAUCUUCUUCUUCAAUUUUCUCCAUACAUUAACUUCCUCAGGUCUCUUGAAGCCUCUGUUAUUCAGUACGGCAUCAACCGCAAAGGCUUCGCUGGAUAUGACGAAGCCGCUUUGCGUUCCAGCAGGUAUUUAACGGUGAGUUUUUACGACGACCGAAGACUUUUCUUGAGUACUCCGUUCUGCAUCUAAAGUAAAAGAGCAACUCAACAUAUUUUUCAAGUUGUGAUGAAAAUCCAAAAAUUUGAAUCUUUUCGAGGAUUUGAAACUCCCAACUCCCCAAGCCAGGUUCCGACAGUUUCGAGAAGGUUGGUCCUCCUUUGCCUGGUGCAGCAGCCGAAGCCUCCGUGUGGCAGAAAUUGCUGGACCAGGAGAUCGGUAGAGAAGCCUCGUCAACGGAUGGAGGCGGUGGAGCGGAACAGUUGACGGAUGCCGAUCUCGCCAGAUUUGGAGAGGCCAGUGUAGACGGUAUGGUCGACCAAAAGCGCGACGAAUUAGUGCAGUACAAGCGAGCGGCUGAACGAAGAUUGAGGUUGCAACAGGAGAAGUAGUAAUGAUGAUGCUCCUCUGGUGGUCAUCUGAUGGAGGAAUUUGUCGUUGUGGUCCUUGGGCGGGCGCGGGUCGAACAGGAUUACACGCAGAAGAAGUCAUGAGUGUAUCUGAUGUGAUGACAUUCGGAAAUCUCAUUGCAGGUUUUAUGAUUCAGGUUCAUGUGAAGACCUCACACCUGAGACAUGGGUGGAAUGAGAGCUGAUGUCUUCAGUGUCCGCGUAGUGAAGAUUUAUCUACUUACUUAUAAGUAGAUGCUUUUGAUUACUAGUGAUGCGAGUGGGAGUGCUAGUAAAGAUCAUCACUCUUCCCACAAUCACGACAAGAGAAGUAACUUGUUCAAAACCAAACCAAAGGUCGUACGCAAAAAUUUUUUUCACGAUCGGUGAAUGAUCAUCCUAGUGACCCGCCAAGAACCGCUCCUGUACGACGUAGAAGUACUUACUCGGAUCUGAUUCGGCUGUCUCUAAAUGUAUUUUCCUCCGACUUCCCCCUGAUCGAUCCGAUCCACCCUGGUGGCUCUUAUGAUUCCCAGAAAUUGACAUGUUGGAAUACCAAUCACAACCCACCUAUCAAUGCUUAAGAUGGAUGAGGAUAGAUUUAGA